UGUGUAAUAACAUCAACUGCUCGGUCAAAGUUUUGACAAACAUCUUUCUCCGUUUAGAAAAUGCAACGUCAAUUUACCUCGGGCAGCCGCCAGGCACCUGAUCCCUUCGAUCAGUUUCUUGAAGAGCAUAAUUUUUAUCGUAAACAUACUGCCAGGGAUGCGUCUUGUUUGUUUCGUGUCAUUUCGGAACAAAUGUAUGACACGCAGUUACAUCAUUUGGCAAUUCGAGAGAAAUGUGUGACGUACAUGCGCAAACAUCGUAAACACUUUGAUUAUCAUGUAGAUCGAGAUUUCGAUGAGUAUUUGGAUGACAUGUCAAAACCAAAAACCUAUGGAACAUUAUUAGAGCUGCAGGCAGCCAGUUAUAUGUUUGAGCGAAAUGUGUUUUUAUUUCAACCUUUUAAUUUGGGUAAUUAUUUUAAUGAAUAUCGUUCGAAUUUCGUAGAAGUAUUUCGUGUUUUUUAUACGCCUGAAAGACAUUUUGAUUCUGUUUUUACAUCCGAUUAUAUACAAGAGGCAGCUAUAUGUCAAUCCAUUUGUUACGAGAUUCUUUACAAAGACCUUUUCAAACUGCCCGAUGUAUCGUUUGCUGUCGAACAAAUGUUACACGGUCCCACCUUUGAAAAUAUGGAAUAUCGUACCGAAACUAACGAAGAGGGCUACUCUACUCGCCUGCAUUUAAGUGAUGGUCGUUCAUUUGAAUUGGAUUUACCUUACAACACCAAUUGUAUAUUGGAAAAUUAUAAAUUAUGUCAUUUUCACUAUAUAAAUUUUCCCCGCUACUCGGAUGAUCUUCAACGGGAACUUAAAACAGCCAAUAACUGUGAGGAUUAUGACAAGAACUCGUUAAUAAUACAACGUACUGCCGAAUCAUUCCUACCGAAUAAAUAUGUGUCUUGUGUAAGGCAACUUUUACAAGAGGGCAUUACACCAUUUCCCUAUAAAGUUGCAAAAGCACUCGAUCCGAAUAUGUAUCGUAAUAUUGAGUUUGAUUCAUGGAAUGAAAUGCGUAAAGAGCUGAAAUUACAAAAUUGGUAUAAUGGUGAUGCAAAUUUUAAGUUAAUACGUUAUAGCACAAGACGAGUUCGCAAAAUAUUUCAGGUUGGCGCCAAGUGUCACGUGAAAUUGCGCAGAUCAGAGCAGGAUCUCUACACUUGUCACAUUCAGGAAAUUGCCGUCGAUAAGGGUCAGUGUAUUGUGUUUGUUGAACAAUUGGGCGAAAAACGUUUGGUGCCCUAUGAAAAUCUUACACCCCUACCACCGGAUCAAUUUAAACCGUGGACCGUACCAUAUCGUUUGCAACGCCACAUGCAGAAGUAUAGUUCGGUGCGUUUUACACGCCAGUACAAUUAUCGUUUUAAAUUUAAUACAACCACUGAACAUCAUCACCAUCAUGAGUUUGCAUGCGGUUCGGCUAUGGAUAAUGAUAGUUGUUCAAAUGAUUAUAUCGAUGAUGAUCCCAAGAUGAUGCCACGUCAGCAGCACAAUCAACAUUGUACUGCGGCCGCAUCGUAUUUCAAAUUGAAACAGUACACGCAUUUGGAGGAUUUUCGCACUCAUGUCGAGUAUUGCACCAUGCCGUUGACGGUGGCGCAUGCGAGUCGAGAAUCGGAUGCCGGAAAGUCGGGUAACACACCAAGACUAGUUGAUUCUAGCGAGAAUUCAAGAACUCCAUCAAGAUCUUCUACAGCUGUUGGUACGCAACGUAAUAACACGGAGGGGGUUCAAAAUAAAGCUCUUGCAAACACUGGCAUUAAUAAUGUGGAGGAUCAUUUGGGUCCACCACAGGUAUACUCUGUACCCCAUAUGAUGGAGGGUUAUGAUGUUGAUCAUUAUAAUCAUAAUGGUGCUUUAUACAUGCCCGAAAUGCAAAGUUUUUAUCCCAUGUAUCCCUACUCAGCUCCAGGAAUACCAGAAGAUUAUUAUGGCUAUUGUGGUUUUGAUGGUGGCUUGCCACCAGGUGCUGCCUUUAUGCCGGCAGUCAAUAACGUUAAUGGUUUCUAUUAUUUGUGUAAUAAUGCCUUGGCACCACCCGGGAAUUACAUCAACUCGGCUAAUCCCUAUUAUCCACCACCACCAACACCUCAAUCUUUAGGUGUCGGUCCAAUGCUAGCGUCAGCCAAUACUCCCAAUACUACAUACUAUACUCAGUCACCGUUAACUAGUAGUGGAGCCAAUAGCACACAAUCUGUUCAAAGUUUAGCACCUCCACCCAACAUACAUCGUUCUGCUAAUAACACACCCUCACGUUUACCCAACCGCAGUGUGCCAAAUACGCCCACCAAUACACCUUUAAGUGGACGCAUAAAUUAUGAAGCCAAAAAAUCCUUAAAAGCCAAUGGCGUCGAUUUGCCACAUGAUGUGGCCACCUUAAGAUUUUUCUACAAUAUGGGUUUGGACUAUUAUCAAAAACAAAAAUCCAAUGAAAACGAACCUCCAUCAAGUGAAGAUCAAGAAAAACUUUCAAAUGAUCUGCAAAAUAUUAAACUCGAUGAGAAUGCAAAUCAGGUUUCAAGUACUAAAGCGGAUGCCAACAAUAACAAUAUUACUGCUACGCAAAAUGAUGCUGCUACACAUGCUAACGAAACGACGAAUCCAUCAACGAAUCAAACAAAUAAGCACAGCAAUCCUGUUGUAAACUCAUCCACUGGUGGGGGUAAUAAAAAUAACAAUAACAACAACAACAAUAAUAAUCCACGUCGUUAUAGUUCUCGUUAUUUUAGUGGCAAAGAUCGUCAAAUGCCACAACGUAACCAUACAAAUCAAAAUUUACAAAAUGCUGGACAGCAGCAACAACAGCAUCAUCAUCAUCAGAAUCACUCGCAACGUAAUCAGCAGGGCAAUUUUAACAACAACGCCAACAAGUACUCCAACAAUAAUUACAAUGCAUCUAAUACACCCAAUAAUACUCGCAACGCACAACUACAGGCAAAUCAACAACAACAGCAUCAUUUGCAAUCAUUGCAGCAUCAGCAGCACAUUAAUCCUCAACAUUUAUCACAUCCAUCUGCUGCAACCGAACAAUCUCGUCAAAUUUCACCCACUUGUGGUUUUGAUGAGGCAUCAAUUCGUGUAAAUUCGGUGGAAUCUCGAAAUUGUCACACUCCCACGACAAAUAAUUCAAAUCCUAAUACUAUGGUUACGUAUGCAAACAAUGCUGAUCAAAUGAAUGAUGGAAAUCUAGGUCAAAUGCCUGUUUCUAUGCAAUCUACAACAGGUGGUGUUUACAUUCCCAUUCCAAUGACAGCCGGGCCGCCACCUCCUCCGCCCUAUGGCAUAUAUGCUCCACAUCCCUCAGCAGCUGGUGCACAUCAGGCACCUGGUGUGGGAAUGCAUCCAAAUUAUAUGACAGGCCCACCACCACAAAUAAUAACACAUUGUGGUCUGCCACCUCCCCAACAACAAGCAGCCAUGCAUAGUGCGAUGAAUUCUGGAUCUGGUUCUGAUAAUAUGGAAAAUGUUGGCAAUUCAGAGAUGAUAACUAACAAUGGAGGUCUUAUAGGUAUGCCCCCACCACCGGGCAUGCAAAUUCAAUGUCCCAACUAUCCACCACCCAUGCCGUUUUAUUAUUCUGCAAAUGGUGUUAACUCUAUAGGAGGUAGUGGUGGUGGUGGUGGACCCAUACCGGCAUCAGCAAAUGGCGUUCAUUUAGUAGCUCCCUUCUCUCAUCAAGUAGCACCUUCAACGCCAUCUAAUCAAACAACAUUUGCCUCACCACUUCCUGCUAUGGGUGCCACUCAGGGUUAUUAUUGUUUACAACCGCCGCCACCGCUACCUCCCCAGCAGCAAGUAACUCCCCAACUGAUGCAGCCUCAGCCAUCACCAAUGUCCGCUAACAGAACACCGGUUUCCAACUCUUUGCCGCACGAUAUCAACAAUGGCCCCCGUAACGACUUAAUACAACAAAAUAAUGAUUAA